UCGCACACGAGUUUCGUUUAAAUUGUAUUCGAACGCUGUAGCGAACGGUUGUACUAUUUCCAAAACCUGCGAGAGUUUCAAAACUCAAACAACUAAAAAAAAAAAACCAAGCAAAUUGAAAAAAAACUAUCAAAAGAAAGUUGAACUGAAAGUUUUCAAACGAAUUCGAAUGAAAAAAGUAUUUCAAUUUUUAGUGAAAAAAUAACAAAAAAAAGGCAAAAUAAACAGUGCUAAAAACUGCUGAAAAUAAACCUUGCGUCCAUUUAAAAAAAUCAUAUUAUCACAAAAAAAAAAAAAAUAAAUAAAUACAAAAGAAUAUCUAAAAAAGUGCGCAUAAAAAACUAUACAACUGCAAAUUUUACAAACAUUUUCUUUCGAAAAAAUAUAGGGAAUAAUUUUCACAAAUUUCGUAUCGAAAAAAAAAAUAUUUUAAAUGAUCACGCACUUACUAUCCUGAUAGUGUCCGCAGUGCUCCUUUGUGUGUCUCUCAAAUCUACUACCUGCCUUGUUUGUCAUUUGUCUGCUGCAUCUUGCUUGCAAGUACUUUGCAAUAAGUUGGCUUCAUUUUUGGUGUUUUGUAAACAAAAAUUUACCAUUUCAAAAUGGCUUUUGCGAUUAUGAGCCGCGGUUUUUUGCGCACAUCCAGAGAAAUACUGGAACGCAGCAGGGCUGUGGGUGGUGUUGCGAGUGCCCAUUGCUUUAUGGAUGUUGAUGUUCAUCAUUCCAACGCCGCUGCUCGCAUACAACAUCGUUCGGCCUGCACGGCUGCUGCAAUGCCUUCGGCGCCUCUCGUUAACAUGUCUAUGGCACCAGUAUGUAAUGGCAGCUACUGUCUGUUGAAACCAAGGCUAAAUAAUACAUAUUUAACUAAGCGUAAGAGUAGCUCAAAGAAACGGGUGUCCACGGUAGCAUCAUCAAAGCGUGACGAAGAAAGUGAUAGCGAUUCCGAUUCGGAUGAUGAAUUUGAACGCAAACGUACAAGCGUACGCACCAAGCACAGUGAGAGGGGCGAUUCCGAGUUCUGGCGUCGCAAAAUGCGUACGCUUCAUCGCAUACUCGAUGUGAAUCGCGAUGGUGUGAUAUCCUUUGAUGAUUACAAAUUGCUUGCCAAACGCUUUACCGACUUGGGUCAUCUAACGCCUGAGACGUCCGCCGAAUUCGAGGAGGUGAUGCGUCAAACGUGGGUGGAGCAAUUUGGCGAAAUUACGCCAUAUAAUUUAAUAACUGCCGAGCAGUUCUUAGUUGAGGUACAUCAUCGUCUCAACGAUGAGCAGAUGGAAAAACGCAUCGGACGCUUUUUACCAUAUUUAUUUAAGGCCGUUGAUUACGAUCAUACCGGUCAUUUGGAUCUCGAACAAUAUAAAUUGUUCUUCCGCUGCUUGGGUCUUUCGGAUGAAGAUGCUGCUAUUUCUUUUGCUGUGAUAGACAAGAAUGGCGAUGGCCAAUUGUCGUUAAAAGAGUUUCUCCAUUUGGGUCGACAAUAUUUCCUAACUGAAGAUGAUACGAAAAUAUCGAAAAUGUUUUGGGGCCCCUUAAUCGAUCAUUGACUUGUUGACCAUGCGUACACCGCUGUGUUGGAAUUAUUGCUGCGCGGCCAAAUGCAUGAUCUACAACGUGCACAAUAUAUUCUCUCCAUACUCUGCAUGCAAAAUGUCUCGGAGCAAUUUGGUAUAUUCAAUGACGACCUAAUCAAUGAAGGCAACCCUUUGCUAAGACUAUUAUUUUAUGUUAAUACAUUUAUUUUAUUAUCGAUAGCGUGGCGUUCGUAUGAGCGUGGCGAUUUUAAGCAUUUUAUCGUAGGUAAUAUAAGAAAAUUAAAUGAAUCACAAAAGAAAGCAAAGAA